AUGGAUGACCUUAAGGGACGUCGUCGAUUGAACGAUUCAUCAAUGUCUAUUGGUCCCCUAGCACGGGUGUCUCAUUCAUCAAGUCAAGCGCACACUUGUUCGCCUGCCCAGCAAUCGCUUUUCUCGCACUGCGAAGAAAAUCUCAAGAGCAGCCAGCGAGAACCAUCACCCGACCCACCCACCCAUCCCGAGACACACAAACACCAGCUAAGCAGCACAGGAAGGCCAUCCCUUCCUCUCUCCCCCCCCCUCCCUCCACCCAUCCACACAACGCAUCGAGGCCUUCCAUGGCAAAAACAGCAACGGGUCGAUUGGCUGUCUGUCUGAAAUGCGUCGUUAGUUGUCCUCCUGGGCUUCGAUCAUCCGUGUGCACAUACCAUACAUACGGUGCCACCCACUCGUUGGUGUCUAGAUAUAUGUAGAUACCAGAUCGAGGGAGGGACAUGACGUCACUCACGCGACAGCCGCGCUUGCAGCCAUCUAUUCGUUAUUCCAGAUAGCAGAAAAACACCAUACCCAUCCCAUCCACCCAACCACUCACCGAGCCGAGAGAAGGGGAAAAAAGCAUGCGUGAGAAAAAAGUGCCUAGCGAGUGCCUAUGGGCACGGGCAGGCAGCUCCUGUGCGCAGGCACGGCCAAUUCUCUCUAGAAUGAAUCAUAUGCCAUGCCAUAGGCCAGCGAUUGAUGCACACAUGAAGAUGAACGAACAGCCACUGGGUGUCUGUCUGUGGCUGGACUGCUGGGCCAGGCCUCACUGCAGUGCACCGCACUUCGGUGGACGGACGAUGUGAAGACAUCCAUCUGCACACCAACCAAACACCCACCAGCAGCCGAUGCGCACCGUCGCGUACACAGAAACUUCAAUGUGCAAACACCGACCGACACUCAUUCCCACAGCCACGAGAAAUUUGCCGCUCGCCCUUACCCUCCAGGCAUGUAACCGCUCACUAAGCAGCCGGGCAUCCAUCCACAUUACCCAUUCAUUCUGGCAGCAAAGCAAAAAUGCCCGCCCCGCCCGAUUGGUACGCUCACACACACACACAUCCAUCCAUCCAUCCAUUCGGCCAGUCAGACAUAACAUACAUACGUGACAUACAUAAGUGCGUGCACACGAAGUGUGGUGGACACAUACUGACUGACCAAUCACAAACUCUGCAUAAAGUUAGUUAGUGCCCACUGGUUGGUUCGUUGGCCCUACUCACUCGCCCCGUUUGAGCAGCAACGGGGCAUAGAGGUACCCCAGCGUCGGCCUGGCGAUGAAGUGCGCGUCGUUGGUCGCGGGCGGCGGGAUGUCUUCAUUCCAUGGAUGGAUGGUCGAUGCAAGCAAGACACGACAAAUGAAUGGAUCCAGCCCGCGUCUGUGUCUGUGUCUGUGUCUGUUGCUGCGCUUACCGAUCAGGCCACGACGGUUGCACGGAGCCGACACCUCGAAAUAAUCUGAGGCACAGAUGACCACACACGCGCGCAGGGGAAGAGAUACAUACAUAUGGAGCAUGUAUGUCAGAGGAGGACCGACCGGCGAGUGGGACCCUCUGCGGGGUCUCGUUGGGGAAGUUGUAGAGCGCAUCGACGAAGCGGCACAUCAUUACCUCGCCCCCCUCCAUGCCCAGCAGGUACUGCUGCGCCAGGGCCACCGUCACCCCCUGGUACUCGUACAGUGACAGGUUGUUGCGCUCGUCGAGCGCCACGCCGCACCGGUCCAGCCGCCCCAGAUUGAUGUACGACAUCAUCUCUGUCGUGAAGACGUCCUCAGAGAAGAGCAUGAACAGAGGCGGCGUGCUGGUGCUGGUGGUGGACUCGCUUGCCGUGACGCCUGUGAUGUUCAUGUUGUCCCGCCCCUGUUGUAGGAUGGCCUGCCAGAUGAGGUUGUACUUGAGGCUGAAGGUGGAGUUGGAGGGGGCGUCGAAGAGCCGGCGGAAGAAGGCCGCCUCGCCACCGUCCUCUCCUUCUCCCGCGGGGCUGUCCAUGGCGGCCUCCACCCAGUAGCUCGCCGAGCGGGUCGCGGCCGCACGUGCGCCGUCAAUGGUGGAGUUGCCGCAGGUCUCUUCUGUCCAGCAGGACUGGUUCAUCGCCAGCAGGUCCGCAUAAGCCGCGAGGCCAAAGGUGCCCUUAAGUGCCAGGUUGGUCGCAUUGGCGUCGGGCCCCUUGAAGUCAUCUGUUGGACGCAAAGCAAGCAGCCCCACAUGAGCUCAUGUGUCCAGUUGUGUUUGUUGUGCCCCCACCCACUGACGGGCCUGUGUAAAGCUGGUGUGGCGGGUUUGGCAGCGAUUCGUUGAGGUAGCUCCCCCACUGGUCUAUAACCGGCCAGUAGUCCGCCAGAUAAGACACAUUCCCGCCCUGUCUGUGUGCAAUGGCGGCGAUGAGUAUCAGCAUGUCGGCCGUCUCUUCCAUAGGCAUGUCCCAGUUUCGAUAGCUGCACAAUCAUCCGCACAUACGCACACACAUGGAUGGAAGGACAUGCACCCACGGCUCCUGCUUGGCUCACUCGGGAGUGUCAGCGACGGGCCAGAUGCCGAGGUGGUGUGGGGCCCACGGCUUGCGGUAGUGCGACAGCGUCUUGUUGGCCGAGUAGUCAAGGAUGGGCACGAGCAUCAGCCGGAGCACCUCGGGGCUGAACAGCAGCAGCAUGGGCGACGUGGGGAAGAUCACGUCAACCUAUGAACACACACACACACACACAGGGACACAUGUGUUGUAGAGGAGUAUCCAUCCAUCCAUCGUGUCUCGGAUGGAUGAGGGCACACCGUGUUGAGCAUGCCGUUGGUGGAUAUCUCUUUCUGGAAGACGCGGUGCUCGUUGAUGUAGUCGUCAUGCACGACCUUCUGCCCACCCGUCACCUGGCCACGGACAUGAAUGACAGGACACACACGACUGUCUUGCGAGUCUUGGCGGGGGGAUGUGCGCGUGUGUGUGUGUGCUCAUGGUGGGCAUACAUACCUGUCUGUAUACAAGUGACGCCACGGCCGCAUACUUGGGCCCACCAGUCAUGAAAAGGUCAUCCACAAGACCCUCAUCGAACGCAAUACUCCUCUUCUGCACACACACACACACACACACGCACACACGCACACGCAUCUCCGUGCACAAAUCGCUGGCCCUCCACCACCCUGCCUGUGUGCGCAGCGCAGCGCACCUGUUCAUCAUCCCACUUUGCCAUGGCGUCCUUGAGCAUCUCCCCAGUGGGGUGGCUCGAGUGCCACUUGUUGUCGAAUGCCCCCACCAGAGGCAUGCCCUCCUCCAUCCGAUACACGUUGCGCCACGCCGGCUGCAUGAGACGGCCGAAGAAGUUGACAGUGAUCCGGUCGUCGAAGGCGAAGAGAACCCGCCUGGUGGCCGACUCGCCGGGCGCCACACUCCCGAGGUCCAUCAUGAGACCAAGGGCGGCGUUCCUGGCUGCACAUGUAUGUGUCAGAGAGACGAGUGCGUGGCACGUGUGUGUGUGUGUGUGUGUUUUGUGGUCACCAGGGCCGUCAUUUCGGUACUGCUGGUUGGUCGGUUCCGUCACUUUCGAGACCAGCGCCGCGAACUUGUCAGCGGUGAACUCAGGGUCCGUGAACGCAUCGAUGGCCGCUCGCCAAGUCGUCCUGAGCCACACACACAGCAGACGGGAUGAUGAAGUUGAACACGGGCACACGUAGACGACCGACGACCGUCGUACCUUUGCGAGUUGCCCCUGCGGAAUUGGUCGCUGAGGAAGAGUUCCUCCAUCGACGCGUUGCCGGCAGGUGCCCCGUUGUCAUCGAUGCUGCCGUGUGUGUCGAAGAGGGUGCUCGUGAAGGGGACGGUGCCGUUGUCCUUGGGCGUGACCAGGUGGAAGAACCCGUGAUUGGGCGUCAUGCCGUCGCCUUUGAGGCCCAGCUCCACCUGAACCAAUCAAUCAGGAAGCAGGCCCCGGCAGACGGACAAACAUGCAAGCGUCAUGCAUGUGCACGCCUUCGUGUGUCUGUGUGUACCUGGUGGAAGUUGCCAACGGUCAGGACGUCAUGGCCCUCCACUGCCGGCGCGUUCAACGCGAUGGCCACAUGCUCAUCCCCCCCAGUCACCCCAACAUGCCCAGUGGUCUGGUACAGCAGCUGCACGUCGUGCGCGCGAUCGUCCGUCGACUCCACGUCGACUGUCAUGUAAGUGACCGGUGGGGCGGACACAUAAGCGUCAAAGUCCUCCAUGAUGGAGGCAGGCGUCGCGAAUGUCACGGAGAGGGCGAUACCCCGUCCGGCGAAUGUGUACUCGGUGCGUGUGGGCCAGACGAUGAGCUGCGUCUGAGUGAGUGCUGGGACGUCCAUGUCGGGCUGGUGGUGGCCGGCAGGCCACGGGCCUCUCUCGAGCAUGUUGCGGCCGAGGAACCGGAACAACUGGCCAUCGAUGCGCACCAGACCAACCAUCGGUAGCUCGUAACCUGCGCCCAACCACACACACACACACACACUCAGUCAGUCAAUUUGUGUGUGUGUGUGUGGUUGGGUGCUGUGGUGUUUGUCACUUACCGGACCAGUGUGAGGGAAAACCGUCCGUGAGCUUGUUGUAGUUGGACCAAAUGGAGAAGUCGGGGUCAUUCACAAUGAGCGGCACAGAGGGGUAGCGCAGCUUCGCCAGCCUCCCAUCAGUGGUGGGGACAGUGUCGUUCUCCGGCACGGGGCACGGCGGGCCCACCUGCAGGCUGCGAUGAUCAACUGCACACCAACACACACACGCACACACAAAGAGUGACUCAAUGUCUCUCCCCUCCCUCCCCUCCCCCCCAUUGUCCCUAGCUCACCAUCUUGUGUGUGUGUCGCCCUGAGGCUUCUGAGGCGGCCACCGUCCUUGGCCGAUGCACACGUCAGUGUGAGGAGGACAAGAGCAGACGACAGCCACAUGCACCGCAUGCCGGGGGGGAGGCCGCUGCCGCGAGCAGUGCUGAGGAGAGGGCUUGUCGAGAUCGAUUCGAUGCCGGUGCUGCGCUGCGUGUGCCGGAGGACUGGUAAGCACGUUCCGCAGACAAGGAUGUGGGAAGGAGGAAAGCUCGGUAAGAAGUGACGACGAGCCUGGUCCCA